CGCGCGGCCCCCGCCGGGAUCAGUCUCCUGCCGAGCCCAGCCCCGGCAGGCGCGCGCGGCGGCGAUCGCUGAGCCACAGCCCGGGCCCGCGGACCCGAGCGGCCGGCCGCCAUUCGGCCCCGGCCUGGGCACGUCCACCCGGAGGCACCCGCAUAAAUGUUCAACAUAUUUCCUGUGAAGCAUAAGAAUUCCUAAUUGUGGAAGUAUCUCCACAAGCACCAUUAACUAUUAAGUGAGGAAAAGUAUGAAAGAAACCUCUGGUUGAAUCUACAAUUUGAAGAUCACCGCAUCCACUCAAAGUUACAGGAUGGAUCUGCACCAAAGUACCACCAUCACUUUUCUUGAGAAAUGGUGUUUGGAUAAGUCACCCUCUGGCUACAGGAGACACUGUAAUGUCAGGAAAAAACUGAAGUUCAUUCGAAUCGUAGGUCUGUUCAUGGGCUUGGUAGCCAUUAGCACUGUCCCAUUUUCUAUCAGUGCCUUUUCUGAAACAGACACACAGAGCACAGGAGAGGUCAAUGGUGCAAGUGGCCCUGGGGUAGCACAAGGUUACCAUCAAAGAACUCUCUUAGACUUACACGACAAGAUCGAGGAUUAUACUCUACAGCCACCUUCUUCUCAGGAAGGCAAAUCUGAGAAUAAUAGUACUGCUCAUGAGCAAGGAGACUACCCGAGAGACAUCUUUUCCUUGGAGGAAAGAAGAAAAGGCGCCAUCAUUCUCCAUGUCAUUGGGAUGAUCUACAUGUUCAUAGCCUUAGCCAUUGUCUGCGAUGAGUUCUUUGUUCCUUCUUUGACUGUCAUCACUGAAAAACUGGGCAUCUCCGAUGAUGUGGCUGGAGCCACCUUUAUGGCUGCAGGGGGCUCUGCCCCAGAACUUUUUACAUCUCUCAUAGGGGUAUUUAUUGCUCACAGCAAUGUUGGCAUAGGUACAAUCGUGGGCUCAGCCGUGUUCAAUAUUCUCUUUGUUAUUGGCAUGUGUGCUCUGUUUUCUAGAGAAAUCUUAAACCUGACAUGGUGGCCACUCUUUCGGGAUGUUUCCUUCUACAUUGUUGACUUGAUCAUGCUGAUCAUAUUCUUCCUGGAUAAUGUUAUCAUGUGGUGGGAAAGCUUGCUUCUCUUAACAGCUUAUUUUUGCUAUGUGAUUUUCAUGAAAUUCAACGUCCAAGUAGAAAGAUGGGUGAAGCAAAUGCUAAAUCGCAAUAAGGUCGUCAAGGUGACAACCCCAGAAGCCCAAGCAAAGCCAUCUACAGCCAGGGACAAGGAUGAACAGGCUCUACCGGCUAAGCCACGUCUCCAGCGAGGUGGAAGUUCUGCCUCCCUUCAUAACAGCCUCAUGAGGAAUAGCAUCUUCCAGCUCAUGAUACACACCCUGGACCCACUUGCUGAAGAACUUGGAUCAUAUGGAAAACUAAAAUAUUAUGACACAAUGACUGAAGAAGGGAGGUUCAGAGAAAAGGCUUCCAUUCUGCACAAGAUUGCCAAGAAGAAAUGCCAGGUGGACGAGAACGAGAUGCAGAAUGGGGCAGCCAAUCACGUGGAAAAAAUUGAGCUCCCAAACAGCACCAGUACAGAAGUUGAAAUGACGACACCCAGUGAUACUUCAGAACCUGUGCAAAAUGGAAACCUUUCCCACACUGUUGAAGCUGCAGAAGCCCAGACCACAGAAGCAGGGGAAGAGGAGGAUGACCAGCCUCUGAGCCUGGCCUGGCCUUCCACCACCCAUAAGCAAGUCACCUUCCUGAUUGUGUUACCCAUCGUGUUUCCUCUCUGGAUUACCUUACCUGACGUACGCAAGCCUGCUUCAAGGAAGUUUUUUCCCAUCACGUUUUUUGGCGCCAUCACCUGGAUUGCAGUGUUUUCUUACUUGAUGGUGUGGUGGGCACAUCAGGUUGGAGAGACAAUUGGCAUUAGUGAAGAGAUUAUGGGUCUCACCAUCUUGGCUGCAGGGACAUCCAUCCCUGAUCUGAUCACCAGUGUCAUCGUGGCCCGGAAGGGGCUUGGAGACAUGGCUGUGUCCAGCUCUGUUGGAAGCAACAUUUUUGACAUCACCAUCGGGCUCCCAUUGCCCUGGCUUCUGUACACUUUCAUUCACCGAUUCAAACCAGUAGCUGUCAGCAGCAAUGGCCUCUUCUGCGCCAUUGUCCUCCUCUUCAUCAUGCUGCUCUUUGUCAUCCUCUCCAUUGCCCUCUGCAAGUGGCGGAUGAACAAAGUGCUGGGCUUCACCAUGUUCUUCCUCUAUUUCGUGUUCCUGGUGGUCAGUGUCCUCCUGGAAGACAGAAUUCUUGUGUGCCCUGUGUCCAUCUAGCAGGAAGAGCCAUAUCUUGAAUUAACAGCAUGGGUGGUCCCUGCCACUCUGGGUUUUAGGCUCCUUGCCCUCAGAAGAGGAGGCAGCUGGCUCGAAGCCCUCCUUGGUGGGUUCGAGGUGGGAUGCGCUCACCCAUCUCCCAGGCUGCUUCCACCCUUGCCUGCUGAAACAGCUUCAUGCAAGAGACAAAGAGAACCAUGCAUUUGGAGCUUCUCUCCAUCACCACUGACAGGUACUCCUCGCUGGUCGGAGGUACAUUUGUUGUAAUUAUGCAAACAAUGACAGAGGCGAUACAUAUAAAAUAUACAUAUUAUAAAUAGAUGCACAUGAACCCAUCCUUGCCUGCUCCUGUAUUUAUACCUCUUCUUCUUUACCUAUAGAGUAAUACAUACCUGUAUACGAACACAAAAGUAAAUUAUAUAUAUAUAAAAAAAUCAGAAAUAUAUAUAUAUACAAAUGCAUCUUUUCAGGGAUAGCUCUAGUAUAUUUAUAGUACCUAUUUGAAGAAGGUGUCAAUCUUCGGUCUGAGCUUUACCACUUAAAUGCAAGAGGUGAACUAAUAGAAUCAUUGCCAUGACCUCCAGCCGACUUUGGACUUACUGGGAUGCUGCCUGAUAAAGUGAAUAUUUUAGAAAAAAUGGGUUGUAGCAGGGAGGGCUUGGAAAGGAAUUUCUGUGGAGGUUCUGAGUUAAGGCCUCCAACAUGCUACAAGGCUACUAGGAAAGGUUAUUUGGCCCUUCCUACUGGGAUAAACUAACUGAAACCCAUGGGAGUACUGGAACAAACCAGAAUGGGUGACAUUGGUUGGAGGGCAGGUAGAGGUGCCCAGGAUUAAUUUUCUUUGGGUUUUUUUUAAAUAUAUAUAUAUAUAUUGCCCCAGCAUGCAAGUAGAACAUAUGACUGCAAACCAAAUUAGCACUCUCCUAGGACAGCAAGACUAUAUAAACUGAACCUAUCUUGUUCCAAUGCAUGACCCAUUAUCAUCAAAGGAAGGGGGUCAAGUUUAGCUGUGCUUGUCAUUUAGAUGUAUUUUCAUGCCAAGGGCUCAGAUAUAAUCGAAAUGCCUGCCAAGAGAGCCUGGGUCUAUAAGGAGAAACACCAGCCAGAAAAAGGGGUUCAGUGGCAUGUGCCCUCUGCCGAGAAUGGAAGGGCAUAGUUCUUUAAGACAGCUUUCAGUGUGGUCAGGAAAGUGUUGAUGAUGGGAGAAAGCAUUAUUUCUCCACUAUAAUUGAACUGAGUCCGAAUCUGGUCAGUAAAGCUUGGCGGUGUCAAGAAAGGUAUUGCAUACUAAGGCAGCCCCAAGAAAGGUUUCAGAGGUCUCUGUCGAGCCAUGUCAGGACCAGGGUUUGGUUAAAGUUCAUGCAACAUUCAUGUCUCUCUUUGCUUUGGACUUUCUGUGGGACUCUUCCCAAAGAUGUUUCUUCACAGCUCUUUCUUACUGGCUUUAAGCCAAUCACUCUAGGUUUUGAGUUCUGAUUUUGCUCAGUGUUUGGUGGGCUCUUUUCAUUUCAUUUAUUUUUUCAGUGCCCUGCAAGUUCUGUUUGAGACCUGUGUAAUUUCUCAGGUCUGUAUCAAUACAAAAUAAAACCAGUACAGGAAGGGAGACAAGUAGUCAGGUACAGGUAAACAAAAUUGAUGAACAAAAAUCCAUAUACACAUGGCGUUUUUCAUUUCCUCAUGACAUGCUUCCCUAGGUUGGGAUGAGAGCUCGAAGGGCUGGUGUGCAGGUUUAGGGGGGUAUACUGAGAUACAUUUAAUAACUGGCACCUUAGGUCCACCAGGUACCACAAACACUGCUGGGCCCAAGCAGCCCAGGUGGGGAGUAUCUCAUGGAAGAGCCCCUGUUCCCUUGAGCACUGCCAGAAGACCACCCCACCUAAACACACACACACACACACACACACACACACACACACACAUACACACACAUACGCCUGCUUUUCUUGCAAUCAGUGAGAAAAGUAACUGGAAUUCAGCUCAUUGAUCUGUAUCCAUCCUAAAUCCUACAUCAACAUCAGCAAACAUCACAGUCUUGACUUGAACUUAUAGGUCCUUGUCUCCAGCCUGUGGUGGUGACACUGUGUGCUAGGAUGUGGGUGUGAGUACACACUCCUCACACAGGAAACCAGAAUGCAACCACAUCCCUGAAGAGAUGGAAGAAAAGUGAGAAUUCCUGAUGGGGCCCAGAAGUUCUUCCACAAAAUCUGAGCUGACUCCCCAAGCAGGACCAUGACAAGCAGGGCCCCACCUUGCUCUUCACCCAGAUACCAAGAGCAUAUAUAAGGGGAUCCCCCUGGGGUAACAAGACACCCAUGGGGCUAAACCCAGAAGGCUCUCUUUCAAGUCUAUCCAAUUUGGCAAAAUAGCAUUUUUCAGUUGUAAGAGAGAAACAUUGAAUGAGAGGUGCAUCUCAUUUACCCCACAACAGGGAUUUGUACAAAGGCAAGAAUGUGUGCUUCUUCUUUAGAACAAAGGAGAAUUGGCAAAAAAAAAAAAAGAACUUGUUUAAACCUCUGGUUGUUUAUCCCAUGGGUUACUUGAAAGGGAGCAAAUUUUGCUACCUCUCAUUGGCUGCACUGUUGUCUAGAAGAAGGUGACCUGGUUGACUGACUCAAUGCAACAAGGAAGGAUGAGAGAGGUUCACAGCCUGCCUAUUUCUAGUCCAGCACCUCCUGAUCACUGACAGUGACACGUGACAACAGUGUCCCCUAACUGGCGUAGACCCCUGCAGGAAUACCAUGGCUGCUGUACCAGCUUCCUCUCUGUCCCACUGCUUUCCUUGGCUUUCUCUUCCUUUUGGUUCUAGGAGAUUAUAUGUAGUCGAGUGUAAAUUCAGGGAAAUAUGUCUAAAAGUGAACAUUUUACAAUAUCCAAGUCAUUAACAUCAUUAUAAGAAAGCAGAUCCCCCUGAUGAUGUUCUGAGUAGGUCCUCAACAGCCUUUCCUGCCUGACUAUACUUAUGCAUCUAUAAAUGUGUGUAUUGGCACUGAAUGAAGAUGCACACACAGGCACACACAGGCACACACACACAGGCACACACACACACACAUACACACACUUUUGCCUUCUGAACCAGUCACACUCAGACUUGAACUGGCCUGCCAUCUCCCUAACCCUGCUAUAGAAAAAAAAAGAAAUGAACAGGGAUGCUGUGGAAUUUUAGAUGGCAGAUAUUCAAUAUAGCCAAUUGUAACCCCAGAACAGUUUUUAAACAUUUUUUCUCAAACGGCCCAAAACAAUAGGGCAUGUGCCAUACCUGGGCUCAAUCCUUAACAAAGCACCACCAGGAGUGAUCCCUAAGCACAGAGUAAGAAGUAAGACAUGAGUGUUUCAGGGUGUGGCAAAAUAAAACUAUCCCCCCACCAAAAAAAUUCAGUAAUCAACUUCUUUCUCUUCAAUCUAAAUGAAACAAGCUGUACAAAAUUAUUCCUUUUAUUCAUGCAACCAAACAAGUCCUGUCUGUGAGUACCUUCCCUGGCACCCUAGGCAGUCUCAGGAAAGGAGAACAAUGUAGCUCACAUAGGGAUGCUCCAAGAGGAACCAGAGAGAUAGUACAGUGAGUAGGGUACUUGCCUUGCACACAGCUGAUCUGGGCUCGAUCUCUGGCAUCCCAUAUGGACUCCCGAGCAACACCAGGAGUAAAUCCUGAGUGCAGAGCCAGGAGUAACCUCUGAGCAUCACUGGGCAUGCCCCCUCGCAAAAAAUAUAAUGCAGGACUGGAGCGAUAACACAGUGGGUAGGGCGUUUGCCUUGCCUUGUACGCGGCCUACCUGGGUUGAAUUCCCAACAUCCCAUCUGGUCCCCCGAGCACCACUAGGAGUAAUUCCUGAGUGCAUGAGCCAGGAGUAACCCCUAUGCAUCACCAGGUGUGACCCAAAAAUAAAAAUAAAUAAAUAAAUAAAAAUAAUGCUUGAAGAGAACUCUUUAAACUGAAUCUGAGAAUGCAUAUGCUCUGUCCAGCUGUACCCUGAGCCCCAGUAGCUGCAGAAGAACUGAAUCCAUAGAUGAGACUGUGUUUGACUUGUAAGCUGAGCCGGGUAGUGACAGGGAGGAAGUCACACUGCACAUGUGCAGAGAUGAAGCAGUCAGCAGAGUCAGCAAGAUCCUCUGGCGUUAUAGAAAGAGGCAGAAAUUGUUCCAUAUUCAGGGAAAAUGUAAGGCUUCUUAACAGGUGUCACCUGACAGGGGCUGUUAGAAUUUAUUUUCCAGGGAAAACAUAAAGCAGGUCACUUGGAGUCCUUGCCACAAAAUGCAGCUGCCUUAUUCAUGAGAUAUUUGAUCCUGUGAACAUACACCCACUCCCCAUCAUUGCUCACAGCUCUUCAACUCCCAUGCAGGAGGAGGAGGAGAUAGAAAAUAAGACCUAAAGGGAAGCCCCUCUCCCAGCAAAGAAGUGACAACAGAUGGAAAUAGAAAUCCAGGGAAGGCAGGGACUUCUGUUAAGUGUUAUGCCAGAGUUACUGAGUCAAAGCAUCUGACCUGGGUCUGGUAAUCCUUUUGCAUACAAGCAUUUCAGAAAAUUUCAGUAUGCUUUCUUCAAGAGGGAGCAGGGACAAGAAAAGGGGAGAGAGAGAGAGAGAGAGAGAGAGAGAGAGAGAGAGAGAGAAAGGGGAGAGAGAGGAAUGUGAGGACACUUGUUCCUGAACAGAUUGUUAGUUCAAUAAUUAAGUGGGCAUAUUAUCAGGGGCAGCUCUGUUCCAGAAGAAGUAAAAGGAAAAUAUUCUCAGGGUGAUUUCUGAAAAAAUCAACUCUCUCAUAAAAGCUCAUUAUAGAAGCUGAUGCUCGUUCUUACUAAACUAGUUCUUACAUAACCACUUGGCUUCGGGUUUCUAAAGACAAAUCCUCGUCUCUAUACCUCCCUUGGCAAUAUUGUCUUCAAUUAGUAGGUAACAGCCUGUCACUAAGAGAGAGUUACCACUUUCAGUACCAGUAUUGCAAACCACAAUGCCCAAAAGGAGAGAGAGAGAAAGAGAGAGAGAGAGAGAGAGAGAGAGAGAGAGAGAAGCACCUGCCAUAAAGGCAGGCAGGAGGUGGGGGACCAGGGGUCAUGGGAGGGAACCUGUGGACAUUGGUGCUGGGAAAUGUACACUGGUGGAAGGUUGGGUGUUGGAAUACUGUAUGACUGAAAUCCAAUCAUGAACAGUUUUGUAGUGGUCUAUCUCACAGUGAUUCAAUAAAAAAGUUUAAAAAAAAAGAGAGUGAAAAAUGAAGGAUAAUGGGGAAUAAAAUAAUGGGGGGAAAGGAAAGAGGAGAAAAAAGAAAUCAAUUUACUUUUUCUAAGAAUCCCAAGGAAGCAAAUGUCAUAUUGAAAUAUACGCCUGUAAACUUUAAAAUAAUUACAAUAUCAAGUUUUUUUCUAACCAGUUACAAGAGCCUUUACAUGGUUCCAGAUUUUGAAAAGAUUUCCCUUCUCACAAAGCCCUUGGGAAAGAAGGAUGACAUACACCUGACAUGCUGUAUAUUUAAGUCUAGCUCCUUGCAUCUAUAUCUUAGUAUUUUUUUUAAUCUCACCUCUUCAUGUUCUUAAAAAUACAUAGAAAACAAUAGAAGCAAUAAAGGAUACUCCCUAGCCAGCCAGACUCCGUUACAUGACCACAGUAAUAAUUUCCACAUCACUAAGAGCUUUGAAACUGCACAGCUGUGGCUCUAGCAGAAUGUGACAGCUGUGGGAAGCAUAGGUGCACUUGCUUGCCAGGGAAAUCACAGAGACCUUGCCCCACUCCAUCCACUAUGCUUAUGGUCACCUUAUAUACCCUCCUCAGACACGGGAUCCUUGCUCAGAACCACCUAAAUUCAACAACGGUGUUUAAACUGACAAGCGAGUUUUCUUUCAAAAAAGAGUGAUAGAGGCAUCAGAAAGAAAGCUCCAUAGACUGAGCACUUGGCAUGUGGGAGACCUGGUUUCAAUCUCCGAUCACAUGGUCCCCAAAGCACCAUGGUCCCCCCCAAAAAAAUACAAAUGAAUAAAUAAAAAGAAAUGAGUGAAAGAGAACUACGAAAAAUAAGUGAAUCCAAGAGUCAGCCCAUUUUUAGAUAAAUGACCCUGAAUAGACAAAUGACUGAAUAGACAACUAUGGGCAAAUUAGUGGAUAAUAGUGGGAGGCUGUAUGUUUAUUCUUGCCUGAAGAAUGAGCCACCAAAUGAUCUAAGCCAAAGCGUUUUCACUAAAUGAUUAAUGGACAGACUAGAAAACCUUAAUGAAUUUUCAAAAGACAUGAAUACCUGAAAGAGCGGCAUGAAAUUUUGCAUGUAGCUUGCCAAAAGUUUAAUUCUGUCAAGAGAGUUUUUCCAUCCUACGGCUCUCAAAAAAGACAAGCCUUCUGUAGGAGAGGUGCCAGCACAGAUGACCUGACCCCAGUGUAGUCCAGUUCCAGGGACUGUUAAUACCAACAACCAUCAGUGUGGAACUGUUGGCCCUUCAGGCUACUCCAACCUCCUCAUGUUGAUGACUUGAUCUAUCUUACUUUUCUUUUUGGCAAACAACAACAAACCAGCAUCUAGGUAUUCUCUCACUACUCAACUUUGACAUGGUGGGGAGUACCACUAUACAACUCCUUAUUGAUUUUCUUCCAAUGAAAUCUUUAGAUUUUUUUUAUUUCUAAGUCCUUGUCUCUGACCCUUUUAAAUAGUUUUUGUAGUUCUUCUCUACCUAAGCCUUUUAAAAUGUAUUGUGUUGCUCUUCAAUUCCGAAACCUUCUGACUAAUGAUGCUCCAAGUUGAAGACUGAACGUGACUGAAUUAUAACCUCCAAUCUGAUGCUUUGCUUCGUUUUUUAUGCACUCCUCUAUUGCCUUUACCUUUUAGAAAGCCAUACUUUAUUGCUGAUUCACACUUAUCUGUGUUCCCUGUGACUCCUGCAUCUUUCUCCCUAGACGUUUGGAUGAAGCCAGUUAACUUUUAAGCUUAUUUCAAUGCAUUUGCAUAGGUCUUACUUAUCAUAAACCGCUCUCCCCUUCACCAUAUGGAGUCUUGGUGUGUUCUCGUCUAAGUCUACUCCCAGUUCUCCCAGUUAACAAGUCCAGGUCAGAUCUAGUACUUAAUCACUUUCCGGGUUCUCACCACCAGCCUCCCCAGCUUCCUUGUACUUGCAGAGUCUAAUGAACAUUUUCUCCACCUCCUUGUUAAUGUGAAUAUUCAAAAAUACUAGACCCCAUAACAACUCCAAUAACUUAUGUUUUAUGUAAUGAUCCCCCCCCUUUGGAGAAAUCUGCCUCCUCCAGGCCACAACUAAAGUAUGAACAGAACUCACAUUCACAAGAGAGUAGAGUAAUAGAUAUACCUUAAGAGCACCAGUGGGUCUUUAACUCAAGGCCCAGCUGGCAUAUUCCUCUUGCGAAAAGUUUGAAUACUGGGUGCAGCAUUAUCAUGAGGCCCUGGUGAGGUCAAUGCACAGUUUUGUUGUGGAGGUCCAACAUUUACAAAGAAUUCAGAAUGGGAGAGACACAGUUUUCAAGCAUUCAGAAACUGGACCUGCACUUAUAUGCAUUGAUUUACUGGAAGGAAUUUCUUUCUUCACUUUAGAUAGGAAAGAGAAGAAAGGUGGGCUCUUCUCUUAUCAACAGUAUUGCUAUGAGUUUACUUCUUUUGUGAUAGGAUGGAUAGCAACUGUGACUUUAUUGACUGACAUCCUGGCCCAGGGAGAAAGAAUGGGAAUUUGCUCCUGUAUUCUCACAUAGUGCAUUAUGUAUUCCUUUAUAAUGGAUUUGAAAGUAGCCAAGGUUUGGGGAAUAAUAAGUCUCUAAAACACUCAACAAAGAAAAGAGAAUACUUACAUUUUAAAUCACGUUACCCCCCCAAAAAAUGAAUGAAUGAACGAAUAAAUUCUGAAAUCCCUGAAUAAAAUCACUUUUCUGAAAUGAAAUAAUAUGCAUGAAUUAAGGGUAGAUAAUUCCCUGACAUUUUAAUUAAGUAAAUCUCUAAUUCUUUCAUCAGGAUACAAUUAAAGGACAGUGGAUGCCUUUUGGGGUUUUUAAUUUUUUAAUAUUGCACUUUAUAGUACUUCAUAAGAGACAAUUGUCUUAAUUAAAGCCAUAAAAUAUGAGUAAUACACAUAUUCAGGGUUUCUGAAUAUAAUCAAUCAAUAAGCAGUCCAUAAGUCAUUCCUGUUUUGUAUUGUUUGUUAUCAAUUAAAGUUUAUCUGUUAUAUUUUUAUCGCAUACAAUUAUUGUUCUAGACAAUCCUAAUAUACUGAUGAAUUUUAGCUAUGUACCUUAUAAAACUCUGAAAAAUCAAAGAAAUUAAUCAUUUUUCAAAAUCAGUCUUCAUUCUCAAAAUAGGUGGUUACAUAAUUUCUUUCAAAGCAAAGUCUGAUACUAUAGUGAAAAAUUUCCAUUUUCAAAUGAUAUAUUUACGAGUUUUCAGGAAUCCAUUUGUUAUGCAAGGCAAGGUUUACCUAAUGGAGUUAUAAAGUAAAUAACUUGCAAAUCUAUACUGGAAAAAUUAAGUAUUGUUUGUGAUUUUAUAUAACUAUGUAUCUAAGAAGCUCCCUUCUAAAAAUGGCAAAACAGAUAUACAAAUUAUCAAUCAUUUCUUAUUUCCCAUAUUAUUAGCUUUCCUUGGGAGUAAAGUCAAACAGUAGACUUUGUACUGCAUUGAGCUUUUAUUCCCUCUCUGCUAAAAUCCAUAAUUUCUCACCUAUCGUGGUAAACUACACACACGUAUGUGUGUGUAGAUGCCCCCCAAAUAAAAAAAAAACCUUUAUGUUUCACUUCAUCACAACUUUGCGUAUAAUUUGAGUGAAGUCUAAAUUUAUGACUUAAAGGCACUUACUAUCUUGUGAACACAUACCACAACUGGAUACAUAAAUCACAGAUAAUAAAGUCAUGCACCAAAUGGGAUAACUCCAUCAAUUUCAUGCUAAAUUCACCCUAAAGAGAAUGUCUGUACCCACUGCAAGUGCUGCGCCUGGUAGAGGCUGUUCUUGGUCUGAAGAGUUUCUGCUAGGGCAGAGACUUUCCAUACAGAAGGGGGAAACUUCUGGCAAAUUCUAUUAAAAUCCACAUGCAAAGUCCAUGUUUGUGCCCUGCAUCUAGACUGGAUGUUACUUCUUCGGUUCUUAGAAAAACUCCAGAUACAAUAGCUUCCAAACAUCCUCAGUCUCAAAGAGCCUUCAAAAGUAAGGGCAGCAAUAACCACCUUCUCUAUGCUCUAAAAGCAAGUUAAGUAAUAUUUUGUUCUGUACAUGUUGUGAAAACAGAAAAUUUUGUCAACCUGGAUCCCACCAUAGACAUUUUCCCUAGAACACAUAACUAUUUGGGGGUGAUAAUAUUAAAAAUAUCAGAAUGCCAUUUUUGCAAAGGAUCUUUUUAGGGACAAAUAUCUCGUGUCUCCUUUGUUUAUCUCCAACUUAAAGAUGCUUAUCUAAAUUUACUCUUCAAGAAUCCAAUUGAUGAACUUCUGGAUCAUUUUUUUCACCCUGUGUGCAUUUUGUUUAUUAUGAGCAAUUUUCACUGGAUGAUGAAUUCUGUGGAGAUUUUGCAUCUAUUUAUUAUGUGUGACUGUGUCUGUACAUAGACUGAAAGCUUAUUUAUUUGUACACAGGCUGUUCAGAGUAAAGUGUUUCAGUCACAUGGACCUCACUCUGAUAAAGGGUGUUUCUUCACCAUGUUCAUGUUACACUUCCCACUCCUUUGUGCUCCUACUACUGGUAAUCAAGUCAUAGAAUAUCACUUUCUGUAACUAAGUCUCCUCGGUGUGAAAAAUAAUAGUAAUAAAAUUAUUGAACCAAAGAA